CACACACUAUCUCUCUCUCACACACACACACGCGAAGUGUCAGCUCUGCCGUGACGACGUGAGCUGCUCCGGACCUUCAGCCCGGGAACCCACCGCAGAUGGAGCCGGACCACCUCGCCGCCGACACCGCCACAGCUCACCUGAGGAAAACAAACAAACAAGCAAACAACACAACACGUACACAAACAAACAGCCGUGUACCGUCGCCGGCGCGCGCGGGCUGAUGCUUCGCGCGGGAGAAACGCGCGCGCGCUUAAUGUGAAGUGUUUAGUAUAAUUAAGUCGUAAUUACGUAAGUAGCGUUCAAGGUUGGCGUGUCUGCCGCGCUGCGCUAAAUUUAGCAGAAGGAGCCGGAGGAGGACGCGGUCGUGUUGUCGCUGAGGGAGUUUCUACAUUUUUUCCUCAGCGCACCUUUGGAUCUCAGUCGUCACCACAAAGCAAGUGUGGAGUCGAGGACGACGUCAACACAAUUCCAGACAGACCGAAGUCAGGGAAAGAGAUGACCCUCGUUUUGUCCAUGAAUCCUUUCCUGGACCCAGAAGGAGACCCACCGCCCUCUGCAUAUCAGCCCGUAUGGGAAUCGGAGCGCUGCAGUAAGACCUGCCUGUCAAACCCGGCCCCGCCAUGCAACUCGGACGAGCAAUUUACUCAAGAGCCCCCUUGCAGGCGAGUUCCUGGUCAUGUGUCAGUGUCAAGGAUUGCAUACUUCAAGAGGAAGUUUGUUGAUGAUGAUGAUGAGCCAUCCUUCAGUUUCAGGACAUACUGCCAGACUGUGGCACCAGUCUUGGAGGAGCGUGCCCACGUGCUGCGUCUCUCCUUGGAGAAGAUGCGAUUCAUUGACGACCCCGAGGCCUUCCUCCGUCGCUCCGUUCUCGUGAACAACCUCCUUCGCCGCCUGCGAGCUGAGAUCCUGCUCCAGAGCACUGACUGGUGCUUCCCCCCAAACCCAGCAUUCGCCACUGGCCCUUGCGUCCUUCCACCUGGCACUAACCCAGCUCACCAGGCAAUCCAUGGAGCAGUACCCCGGAUUUGCCUAGCACCCCAAGCCGGACCACCCUUCCGUAAACGCUUACGAAUGGUCCGUGGUGGACACGGUAAUCUUCGCCCUGACUGUGCCCAGACAUGCUGCUGCAUCUACGCAGCAGCUGCCAGUGCAGGACACUACCUCCACCUCCCAUUCUCCAUGUAUGAUGCUGCACUCUCUACCUGCCCGUCCACACCACACUCCUCCUCAUUUUUUCAGCUAGCUAGCCAUAGUAAGGUAGGGCUGACAGUUGCUGUGGAAGAGCGUGAUGAUGAGGACGAAGAUGUUGAAGAGGAGGAGGAAAAUGAAGAGGAAGAAGAAGAGGAAGAAGAUGAAGAAAGGGAAGAGGAGGAGGAAGACGAAGAAGAUGAAGAAGAAGAUAAUGAAAGAAGACCAGGGCCAUCCGUUGAUCUUGCAAAAGACAAAUCAAGUCAGAAAAGGACCAGGACUUUGCUUGGUCAUCCACACACAAGGACAGACGAAGACACCUGCAUGACAGAUAGAGUGGAAGAUGAGGAGGAGGGAGAGCAGGAGGAGGACGAGGAAGAGGGAGAGGAGGAGGAAGAGGAGCAGGUCACGCGACCAUGUCAGUGGGUCUCAGAAAGAGAGCUCCACAAGGUUAGCUUCUGGCACCGCAGGGCUCACAGACAAUGACUGGACUUUCUGAGAUUCAAGUCACAUUCUACAUCCGAGAUGUAAUCAUGACGACAACUGUCAUUAGUUGACGAUUACGCAGAUGAAGGUGCAAGUUACCUACCCUAUUAAAAUGCCAAGUCAACUUCAUUUUAAAGGUCUCAUAUACACCGAAAAGCUCAAUACAACUCUACUGCUAGUGUUAUGGUUAGAUGAAAAAUGUAUAGAAAUAAAUAUUUGGCCUAUUUUAGCACUGGAAACAUUUCUCUAGCAAGUAUAAAUGCUAAGGUCACAUAGGUGGGAUCUGAAAUCCAAAAGGUGAAGUAAAGCUUGCUAUUGCACUGUCUACUAGACCAUUUUCAAGCCCCAAAGCACAACACUUAAGUCUCAAAUGGGGCUUUAUAUUGGUGCAACGGUCUCAUUUCAGGACCCUAAACAAGCCUAUCAAAAGAAGGGAUAUGGAUAGUGUGUGCUUCUGUAUGUGUGUGUUUGCAAGAUAUGAUGUAGCAUUUUUAAACUUGAGUUUAAGCUAUUUUUUUCAUUAUGAAACACGGGUUACACCUGAGUGUGUGUGCCUGUUGAUUUUGAUGCUGUCUCAGGCAAUGGCAAGUGACUGUGCUGCAGCGUGGGCACAAUGUGUGUUCUUCAAAUUAUUUUACGAGACAACAAUCAUAAACAUUGUUUGGAAAUGUUAAACCACAAUUUCAAGUGCCUUAGUGUUUUUAUAGAUACAUGUGUAUUGUGUUAAUGUAAUUGUUCUUGUUACUAAGUAGCUUUCUUGCAUUCCAAAUGUGUUUGACUAAAACCGGGCAUGUAGUUAAAUGCAGGGAUUCUUUCAAAUGUUCAAAGGUUAAAGUUUUGAAUCUGACAAAAUUUCCACACCCUCUGUUUGUUUUAAAUACAAAAUGCAUGUUUUCUAGCACUGCCUGUAUUGACAAUGCACAAAUGUAAAGCCAACCUUCAAGGCCAGUUUCAAAAGCCUUGAAAAGAUACUUCUAUUCAAAACCUCAUUCAUGUUUUUUUUUUUAAAGCAGAAAAGGCUUGUUAUGGUUUGGUUGAUGAGCAUUUCUUAAAACAAUUUGAAUCUAAAAACAUCAAAUGGGAGCUGGUUUUAAAGAUUUAAAACGUGCUAGAUGUAAGUUUUCUGCCAUUCUUACUAUUGGAAGAGAUUAUAAUCCGACCUCAGAGCAGCGCUGCUUCUUGAGGGCAGACUCAACGCUACAGUGGCUUGCUAUUGGAAAUUGACAAGUCAAGCUAGCUGCUGUUAAUGCUAAUGAUGGUUAUGUAGCGGUAGCAAAGACUCAAGGCUCAAUUAUGCUUCUCCGUGUCCGUGGUGCGCGGAGAGCUUCAGAAGCUACACGGAAGUGGUAUCCGUUUCUGUCCGUGUCAGUAAAAACGGAGAAGCAUAUAUCGACCUUUACAUAUAGCUCCUUUAAAUUGCAACAUAUAAUUAGAUAAUUUAAAUAAAAUGUUACCAAUGUCGGUUUAGCUUUUUUCCCCCAAUCAUUUGUUUAAGAAUUUCAGACAAACGAAUAUUUCAUUAUCAAGCCAUAAACACUCUACUUUCGAUAAAUGCCAAUAGCUUGCCAAUGCCAAUUCAAUAGCUAGUGGCUAGAGAUCUGCCUAACAUUGUCUAACAAACUGUUUAAAGUUUUUCAAAAAUAGCUACAUUCAGCAACAAGUCAUAGGACAACAUUUUGGGAAAUAUGCUUAAAACCUUUCUUGCCGAAGGGUGGAUUACCCCUUUUAUAUAUAAACAUGCCUAAUUAUGAAGCCAAUGUCAGGAGACAAUUUACCUAGCUUAACAUGAAGACUUAGUUUAGCUUAUCUUAAAGACUAGAAAAAAUGAAAUAGUAGGCCAGGUAACUCCUUUGUUGUGCAGAUUAAGUAAACAACAUAUUACAUGCUAACUAGGGUUUUUUAGAGGUGUCUGUGUAAGGAAAGUUUGUUUCCCUAAAACAGGGCAGGCUGGCUGUUCCAUCAUGUUAACAGUUUUGAUGCUAAGCUAAUGCUAUGUCACCUCGCUCCAGCUUCAUAUUUACAGAACAGACAUGCAACCAAUAUUGAUCGUAUCACCUGGCAAGUGAGCAACUAAACAUAUUUCCCAAAAUGCUGAACUUGAUGAAAAGAAUAAGCAAUCACAUGUCUGCGUUAGUGAGACGUUCUGUCAUGAUAGCAUGAUCAGUGGUUUCUUGUUUGAUGGCGUCCCUCUUCUAAAGAUUAGGGUCCUCACACUGAUGACAAACCAAAGUAGUGAAAAAUGGAGAAAUAUAUCAGUCAGAAGUGAUAUUUUUAUUUAUUCAUUUUUACUUUACUUUUUUUACCUACUUUUUUGUGAUGUACCUUAAGACAAAUGUAAUGUGGAUGGUUUCUGUUGAUUUAUAAGGUGGCUCCUGUCUUUUUUUUUCUUCUGAAGUUUAAUACUGACAGUUUGCAUCAGUGACACUACAACAGGACGAGUAUGAGUACCAGCCUAUUUAAUUUGAAUUCUCUAAAACCUAUGAUUAUCUGUGUUUCAUAUUUUAUUUUAAUUUUUUGAUAAAAGGAUUUGACAAAGCAAUAUCUGUUUCUGAGACAAGAAUGUGUAAAACUGCAUUGUCUGUUAUUAAAAACAACAAAAGAGCAAGUUCUGCUCGGAUAAUUUUAUGUGAUGUUCUGUGACAAGUGUAAAGAUCAGUAAAAGAAAUGUUGAAAACA